AUGCAUCGUAAAAGUGUAUCCAUUGCCGUUUUAGUGACUCUAAGUUUAGUGAUUGUUACACAUGCAGCCAUCGAUGGAUCAGAUCCUAAUGCAAUAAUUGAUGCAGUGCAAAAAGUGCCAAAUAAUACGGAGCGAGUUGGAAGAACCCUGCAUAAGGAAUGCAACAGUUUGCUGAACUCAAAAUGCUUGAAGAUCCAUGUGCUGUCCUUUUUGGAAGACUUAAGCUCUCGCGAUGAGCUGAACCUCCUACCAGGAUUGAGCAUAGUGAAGGAGAAUCAGACAGGGAAUACUCCGAGUCCUGAGGAGAUGGCUGCGGAGUUAUCUCGGCAGUACCCUGGGAAACCUGAGGAGAAACUGAACAGGUUCUUGCUGUACCGUCUGCAGGAUUAUUUGGAUGGGCAUUCGUUGAGAUACCGACUGUUGGAUCCUCAAACUUCGAAGGAGGCUAUGGAUAUGGCGAAGGGUGAUAAGGAGUCUGUGGGGCGGAAGUCUGGUGGUGGUGGUGGACUGGGAGGAGGAAAAGGUGGCGGCGGUGGUGCUCUGUUAGCUGCUGCUUUGAUGAUGAAGGGUACUUUAGCAGCAGCAGCCCUUGGAGCAUUAGCACUUCUAGCCGGCAAAGCAUUGAUGACAGCUCUCAUAUCUCUUCUCCUAACUGCCCUCGUAGGACUCAAGGGUCAUGGUGAACACAAGUCUACCACGUACGAGAUCAUCACCAAGCCUGAGGUUUCUCAUCACCACUCCCACAGCCAUGAGGAACAUCAUGAGCAUGAACAUGGUCACCAUGGAGGUUACCGAAGGGCUUAUGACAUGAAUUAUAAUAGUUAUAUGCCUUAUGAUACUACUUCCAGUUAA